GCUGUGUUCCAUCCCAUCCUCAACGCGAACUUGGUGACAUGGGCACUUCUCCCGCUAGCGUUGCUGUUCCACUCCUAGUGUUGCUGGGUGCAACCAUAUGUAUUGCCUCUAGGGUGCGCUUCGUAGAGACAGCGCCAUAUGGUGCAGGCCACGGCAUUGGUGGGGGCUCCGGCUACGCUGCUGGAGGUUCUGGCGGUGGAGGUGGUGGUGGCUCUGGCGGUGGCUAUGGAGUUGGGGGCCAGUUCAUCCCUGGUUAUGGUACCGUAGGGGAACAUGGCGUUGGCUAUGGUAGCGGCUACGGCAGUGGUGGCGGUGGUGGUGCCGGCUAUGGUGGUGGAGGUGGGGGAGGUUCCGGCGGUGGUUAUGGAGGUGGGGGAGAGUCUGGUGGUGGUUUAGGAGGAGCUUAUGGAGGUGGAUACGGUAGUGGUGGAGGGAGCGGCGGUGGUGUUGGAUAUGGAGCCGGAGGCGAACAUGGGAUUGGCUACGGUGGUGGGGGAGGUAGCGGUGGAGGGGCUGGUUAUGGUGCUGGAUCUGAACAUGGGGUUGGCUAUGGGAGUGGAGGUGGUAACGGCGGUGGCUAUGGUGCUGGCGGUAAUGGAGGUGGAGGUGGAGGUGGUACAGGCGGUGGUGUCGGUUAUGGUGCUGGCGGCGAGCAUGGAGGUGGUUAUGGUGGCGGCAAUGGCGGUGGCGCGGGCUAUGGUGGCGCUGGCACAGGCGGAGAGUAUGGUGGUGCAUAUGGAGGUGGUGGCGGUAAGGGUGGCGGUGGGGGUAGUGGCUUCGGAGAAGGUGGAGAACAUGGUGUAGGUUAUGGAAGCGGUGGUGGCAGUGGCGCUGGUGGUGGGUAUGGUGCUGGAGGAGCACAUGGCGGUGGAUAUGGUGGUGGUGGUGGUAGUGGCAUCGGUGACGGAUAUGGAGCUGGAGGAGAGCACGGUGUUGGUGGAGGUGAAGGAUCCGGAGGCGGCGCAGGGUACGGUGCCGGCGGGGAGCAUGGAGGUGGGUUUGGUGGUGGAGGAGGAGCUGGUGGCGGUGCAGGGUACGGUGGUGCAGGAGGUUAUGGAGGUGGCGUUGGCGGUGGAUCAGGUGCCGGAGGUGGAUAUGGCGGAGCUGGUGGAUAUGGAGGUGGGGCUGGUGGAGGUUCAGGUGUCGGAGGUGGACCUGGUGGUUAUGGAGGCGGCGCUGGUGGUGGUUCGGGUGCCGGAGCUGGCUACGGUGGUGGACACGCUCCUUGAGAGAGACCUAAAGAAGCCCUUGGAAUCUAUCAUCUAUUAUAAGUUAUUUACGCUAUAAAAAAAAAAGAAUAAUUAUAUUGUUGUUGGUGCUGUGUAUGGGCUUCAAGUUUGGUAUUGCAAGCUCAGCAAUGUGUGGAUUGAUCGUAUGAGGGUACUUUUAAAACCUAAAUUCCUAUUUGCAUAAUGUUGAUCGAGUCA